UUGAUCUGCGCGCAGUGGGUUCGGAGCGGAGCAGAAAGGCACCGAAUUGUUUUCAAACAGGGUUUUUUUCCCUUGUUUUCAUUCCGGGUUAGUUUUUCCCCCUCCGAUAUAAACCCAGAGCCGGCUCCGAGGGAGGAAAUGCCAGAACCGCAGCGCUCCGGCUCGGCCGGCGCCCGCUGACCCAUCCCGGCCGCAGCAUCCCGGUACCGAGCGGCACCAUGCGGGUGCUGAGCCUCCUGGCUCUGAGCUGUGCCACGAUGGUGCUGCGGGGGGCCGGGGGCAGCCGCCGCCGCUCGCAUCGGGUGCAGCACGGGCACUGCGCAUACACCUUCGUGCUGCCCGAGGCCGACCCCGCUCCGUGCUCCGCUGCCCCCGGCCCCAACGCGCUCCUGCAACGGGAUUCACCGGCCGGUCCCGGCCCCGUUCCCGGCCGGCCCCGAGCGGCACAGCGACUGCGGCACCUCGAGAGCGUCCUGGAGAACAGCACCCGCUGGCUGCUGAAGCUGGAGAGCUACAUCCAGACGGGCAUGAAGCCGGAGGGGGCACAGACAGUGGUGCAGAACCAAACUGCCACCAUGCUGGAGAUCGGCAGCAGCCUCCUCAACCAGAGCGCGGCACAGAGCCGCAAGCUCACCGAUGUGGAGGCCCAGGUGCUGAACCAGACAUCCCGCAUCGAGAUGCAGCUGCAGGAGAACUCUCUGUCCACCACCAAGCUGGAGAAGCAGCUCCUGCUGCAGACCAACGAGAUCCACAAGCUGCAGAACAGGAACAACAUCCUGGAGGUGCGGGUGCUGGAGAUGGAGACCAAGCACCAGCAGGAGCUGGCAGGGGCCCGCUCGGAGAAGGAGAAGCUGCAGCGGUUGGUGAGCAGGCAGAGCGGCACCAUUGAGGAGCUGGAGAAGUCUCUGCUGGCUGCCAGUGCCAACACCAGUCUGCUCCAGCGCCAGCAGCGCCAGCUCCUCCAGUCCGUGCAGAGCCUGGUGCGCCUCGUCUCCCAGGGCAGAGCCAUGGUGCCGGGGCAGGAGCAGCGGUUCCAGGACUGUGCUGACGUGUACCGAGCCGGCAUCCGCACCAGCGGCGUCUACACCCUGCACAUCGGCAACCUCAGCGAGCCCAAGAAGGCAUACUGCGACAUGGACACAGACCGGGGCGGCUGGACCGUGAUCCAGCUCCGUGCCAACGGCAGCCUCAGCUUCCAGCGGAGCUGGAGGGAGUACAAACAGGGGUUCGGGGAUGCUGCAGGUGAGCACUGGUUGGGGAAUGAGGCCGUGCACAUCCUGACGAGCCAGGGUCCCUAUGCCCUGCGUGUGGAGCUGCGGGACUGGGAGGGCGGCCAGGCCUAUGCCCACUAUGGGCAGUUCCAGCUGGGGAGCGAGCGGCAGCUCUACAGGCUGUCACUGCAGGACUACAGCGGCACCGCAGGGCAGCAGAGCGGGUUGGCACUGCAGGGCACCCGCUUCAGCACCCGCGAUGCCGACAAUGACAACUGCCUCUGCAAGUGCGCCCAGAUGCUGUCUGGAGGCUGGUGGUUCGAUGCUUGUGGGCUCUCCAACCUGAAUGGUAUCUACUACCCAGCACGGCACAACAUCCGCAAGCUCAACGGCAUCCGCUGGCACCACUUCCAGGGGCCCAGCUACUCCCUGAAGGGCACCCGCAUGCUCAUCCGCCCUGCCGGCUUCUAGCCCCUCAGAGCAGGGGCACCGGGACAAGGUUCAUGGGGAACCCUCAGAUCCCUCCGCGCUUCUCUUCCCAUCCUGCUGCUGGGACUCCGGUUUAUGGCCCCAAAUGGGGGUCCAAGGCCCUCCAGGACCCCCUGCACACGCAGCCGGGCUCCAAGGCCCCCCAGGACCCCCUGCACAUGCAGCCGGGCUCCAAGGCACACCAGGACCCCCUGCACACGCAGCCGGGCUCCAAGGCACACCAGGGCUUUGCCUUUCCUGUCUUUGGGCAUUGCAAAGCUCCCACUGUUCCUUUUCCCCCACGGGAUCAGGGGAGCUGGAGGGGAUGGGGAUGCUCAUGCUGGAGGCUCAUGUUGGCAGAGCCCUGGGAUGGGGUUGGGGGGUUGCGGUUUGGGAUGGGGCUGUGCAGUGCAUAGGGGAUGGGAAGGGUCCUGGGGAGGUCUUGCAGGGGUCUGAGCUGGGGCAGGGAUGGCAGGAGAUGGGGAUGCAGGAAGUGAGACCCCCCCAGUGCAGAUGCCUUGAGAUGGCAAAACCAGGCUGGGGGCACCUUGGGGAGCAGGGGGUAUGGAGCAGCCUGGGCUCUAUCGGCAGCACCAGGCCCCAGGAGCAGCCCCAGGAGCUGGUGCAGGUCAGGAUGGAGCCACGUUUAUUUUUGUACUAAGAGAUAUUUAUUUGCCAGGUGUCUGGAGGGGGAUGUGGGGCAGAGCUCUCUGUGGGGCAGAGCUCUCUGUGGGGCAGAGC